ACGUUGUUUGGAAAGAAAAUAAAACCUUGGAAAGUGUGAAAUGGUGGUGCAAAGAGCGAGGGAUAAUACGUCAAAGGCAAACACGAUUUGUUAUGGAUCACAAUCGUCUUACAAUCGAAAAGAAACCAAACUCAAAGAUGUUUGCUCGAGUAAACAACAGAACGCUUGUGUUCGAACCGCCGAGCAUAAAUCUGACCAACAUCGUUAUUCGUGCAAUGAAAAGGAGUCAGUCAAAAGGAUAGGCAAAGGUAGACCAAAAAUGCAACUUAGCGGGAAGAAGAUCGCGAAGAAGAGAAUGCUGCAUCCAAAAAUUUUAACGAAAGAAGAGUACGAGGAAUUUCGAAAGUACAGCUCCAUGACGAAGGAAGAACGAGAGGCAGCACUUAAAGCAGAGGAGGAGGAGAGGCAGAGACUUACAAAGGAGAGCACAGAGAGAAAAGAGGAGUUUCGUAGAUUAGAUCAAGAAAGGCCUCGGGAGAAGUGUCCGCAAUUGAUCGAAAUAGAAGAGGAAGCUAGGAAAAGGGCGAAACAUGUGCUCGAAAGAGCAGAGAAUAUGAAACUUGAACGAGAGGAGGAAAUUCAAAAGUGCAACAGAAUCAUUUUAGAGACUAAAUGUCGUGCAAUCAGAGAUGCCCAGAUAGCAGAGAAGAGGCUGAUUGAACUCGAAUUGGAAGAAGAAGAGAAACGUCUCAAUGAUAUGAUGGAGAAUGAAAGAAGAUGGGCAAUCAAAGAAGAGAUUAAAAAGGAACAGGACGAAGCGGUGAAGAGGCAAAAAUUUGCCAACAGUCUCAUGGAUCAAAUAAAGGAAAACGAAGAAAACAGGACGCUGGAGUUUGAAAGGAAGCAAGAGGAGAGUCGGUUAAUUAAUUUAAGCAACAUCAAUUGGCAACAGGAAGAAAUUGCAAAAUUGCGAAGCAAAGAAUCUGAAAAUGCACUAGUACGGCAACAAAUUGCUGAUGGAAACGAACAAUUGAAACACUUUAAGGCUAUGGAGGAGCAGGAAAAUAAAAUCAUUGAUCUUAGGAUACAAGAGUAUCAACGAUAUAAGGCAGAGAGGGAAGCGAAAUUGGCAGAAGAGCGAAAUUUGAAAAAAUUAGAAAAAGAAAAACUCAAAGCAACUGUUGCAACGCAGACGUUGCAAGCAAGAGGUCUACAGGAACGAAUCGAUGACUUGAGCGCUGCACGAAUUCAAGAAGAAGUAGAACGACAAUGGAGACAAAAAGAAAAAGAGGAAGCUCUGAAAAGAGCGGAGGCUCAGAAAUUGCUUAUGGAAGAAAGGAAGAAACAAAUAAAUAACAAACGAGUAAUGGAGGCAAUUGAACUAGAACGUGAGAGACGUGAAUUCGAAAAAAUUGUACGUGUUCAAAGGGAGGCUUUCUGUCGAGAACAAAAAGAACUUGAAAAGAAACAGCGGCAAGCGUUAAUUCAUAGGAGCGAAAUAUUAAAACAGGUCAAUGAAAAAGAAAGAGAACGUAUCGAAGCAAGGCAAAAGAUGUUCGAUGAGGGUUUAGCAAUUCGCACAGAAGCCGCUAUACGUAAGAAAAAGCUAUGUGAUGCAAUAGAGAGGAAAUGUGAGGAAAUGAAAAGAAAUAGAGUGCCUCAAAUAUACAUCAAUGAAGUAAAACGAAUGAUCAGUAAUAUACAAUAA